AUGUUUUGGGCCAAAGAGUCUGAGAACAUAUCCUAUUUGGAUCACAUGGCACUUUUACGACACGGCCAAAAUUAUAGCGUGCCAUUUUUUCUUCCUUCAGAGCUGACUGCCAAUCUUUCUGCAUUUCCAGGGCAGUCUGCUUCUAACUAUUUGCUUGCUCCGAACACAGGCCAAGAAAAUGCAGCCGACCGGUUUUCAAAACCGAUGCCUCAAAACCGCAAUAUCUCGUUCCUGACCAAAAAUCAAUUAGUUGGUAUUAAACCGAUUGAUGAUACUCUGUAUGCACCACAGAAAAGGUUCCUUAUUUUCGAUCAAUCCGAAUACCAGACGAAAUUGUUUUUUAGCCCUUCUUUUCCCCCUCAAAAUCAUGCUUUUGCACCAAUCACUCCCUCAAGUGCUAAGGGCCCGUUGGCCGAAAUGACAGCUGGUGUAAAUCCCGAGUUCUCGACAAAUCCUAUAUUUGAGGAAAAAUGGGGCGAAAAUUGUUUGACUGAUGGAGAAGGUGAGCAUGAUUUUCCCGAAGAUACUGAAGAAAUUGACGCACUAUUUUUUUCCGAUAGUGAUGAUUAUGAUAACGAAGACGAUGAUGAUGAAGUAGCUAGCACGGGCCACACGCCUUCCGUUGAUGUAGAGGGGUAUUACGAUGACAAAUUAGUCGAGGAACCAAUAGAACAAGUGGUGGAUUCUAACGACACGCAUAAAAGACAAAAAUUGCUCGACAGUACGUUCAAGAAAUCACCAUGGACCGGCCAUGGAAAUCUGUGCGGUUAUGAAAUUGAUUCGGUGAAGAGAGAGAAGAAGGUUAAAAUCCGUCAAGCAUUGAGAAUCCUGGAGAGUAUUAUUCCUGGUUCUGAGGAGAAAGACCCACUUUCCGUUAUCGAUAAGGCAAUUGUUUACUUAAAAUCAAUGAGAACCGAAGCCGAAACCCUCGGACUAAGAUACUCCGGGGACGAAUCCGUCAUUUCCCCCUAA